AUGGAUGACAACCCACCAAGUUAUGAAUCAUUGUCAGGAGUGCAAAAUUCUACUGUUCAAAGUUACAGAAGUUACAAGUACUCAAACCUUGUGAAUGAAGAAGAAGUGAAGUUUAAUCAAAUAAGACCGCCACAAUUCAUACCAAAUAUCCCAGAAGUCAUCACCCAUUUGAAAUUGUUAAAAGUAUUUGGUCAAUACAAAAGGCUUAUUUUGCAUGAAUAUAAAGAUGCUAUUGAUUUCAGAAAAGCGGAAAAGAGAUGGACAUUGUUUUUAAUUGUUGCAGUAAGAAGAUUUAUCAUAUUUGUAUCUGCCUUGAAGUUACGUGCAUCCAAAUAUAAAAAAGCACCAAGGGACUAUGAAACAACUAUAGAUGGCAGAAGUCGAGAAUUCACUGUUAUGGCAAAUCAAUUGGUACCACCAUUGGAUGUGCUCAUGGUAUGGCAUUCUUUUAUAUUGAAUCCUAUGACAUUUUAUGAUGUGUUUGUUAGAAAUGACAUGUAUUACUUCAUAAACUAUCCAUUUCCUUUGCACAUAAUUGACUCGUAUAUCGAUAGUAAUUCAUUUGAGUAUAUUGUUCCUGUUGAAUUCAAAAAGAGUUAUGUUGAUUUGUUAAGUGAAUUCACUAAUAAUGAGAAUGACCUAUACUAUGAUAUUGAUCCUGAUACAUUUUAUCAUCAGAAAAUAACCAUAUAUUGUCCAUACACAGGGAAGGCAAUUACAGAAGAUGUUGCUUUGACAUCUCCAGAUAAUAGAGGAUAUGGUGAUAUUGGGUUCAUGACAGCAAAUGAUAGUUACAAAUAUAAAUCGCUUCAUCAUUGGUAUGGUGGUCCUUCGAUUAUAUCACAUGAUGAACUCAGAAUAAUGAAACUCGAUUACGAUGUCCAACAUUCUGCUGGUCUUGAAGGGAUAUUUAAAUAUUAUUCUAAAAUUAUGACAUCUCCUCGGUACAAUGGUAGAAAUCCCCAGCGUAUCAGUGAUGAAAUAUCAAAAAGUGUGAUUGCUGAAGCACAGGAAUGUUUUAAAUUCAAAUCAUUAAAUGAUGAUGUCAAACAUGGAUUUCCCACUCUGAAGGAUAUACUCUCUAGAGUAAAUUCCAAGAAUCAAAAACGUCGUACUACUGAAAGAUUAAUAUUAGAACGAUACAUGAAAUUUAAUUUGAUUUGUUUUACCAUCCCCAAUUCGAUUAACAUUGGUGAAGACUUGGUUGGAUGUGUUCUUCGUCAAGAAAAGUUUGUCGAAAAAAUAAAUGAUCUUGAUUGGGUUAACUUUUCUGAUAUCAAAGAACUACUAGUUGAUGUAAUGGCCAAGUAUCAUAGAUUCUUUUCCAUUAUAACUGCUAAAUCUUUGAAACAAAUGUUGGUUCCUACUUUAGAUAUAGAUUUGAUAUGGCAUACUCAUCAGCUAAUGUUAUACGGCUAUAUUCGUGAUUGUAAAUACUCAGAAUGCCAAACAAUGAUUGAUCAUAAUGAUGAUGUCAGUGAGACUCUAUUGAUUGAUGCCUUUCAAUACACUGCUAGACUGUACAAAGACAAAUACAAGAAAGAUUAUUCCGCUUGCUCGUGUGAGUAUUGCACUAUCAAGAAGCCCAAAUCUACGUUCAAACUUAUGGAAUAUUUCAAGUUGGGUAAUAACAUUGAAGAAGUAGAAAAGAAUAAUGAAAUUGACGAUGCAACACAUACAAGUGAUCAUUGUUCUGGGGAAAUAUUAGUUUCUUGUGUUGCUUCUGCUGGUCAAUGUUGCAUUAUGAUUCGAAACCCAAGUCCAACAGGUCUGACAAUAGGAUCAUCUUACAUUGGUAUUAAUCAUGACAAAAGUCCAACAGCUAAGAAAUAA